CUCAGUUUCCUCAGUCGCCACCUCUGAGAACUGGAAAUGUUUAAAGAUGGGGAAUUUAACUGGAAACCCCGUGUGGCCUGGCCCCUUGCGGCCAGCGCUGCAAGCUGGUCGACCACCUCGCCGGCUCCGUCCCGGGGCGGGGACUGGCCCUCCUCCCAGAGCUGGCGGAGCUCCGCGCGCCGCAGUGAGAUUCCCCCGGGCUUUCCAGCUGAAGCCGGCAGCCGCGCGCGCCCGGGAGCGGCGAUGGGGAGGCCGGUGUGCAGGACACUCUUCUGUCGUCUGUCUGCCUACAGACUGAUUGGGUUCUUGACAGCAGUGACGCUAUGCAGGGCGCAAGUGGUGACCCAAAAUGAAAAAAUGCCGCUGAACACGCCUGCUUCCUUAAGAUGCUCUCUGCAAAAUUCCGAGGAAGUCUUGAUUGUGACAUGGCAGAAAGUCAAGCCCGUUAGCCCAGAAAACAUGGUCACCUUCAGCAAGAACCAUGGGGUCGUGGUCCAGCCUGCCUACAAGGACAAGAUAAAUAUCACCCAGCUGGAACUCAAGAACUCAACCAUUACCUUCUGGAACACCACCCUGGAGGAUGAAGGGUGUUACAAGUGCCUCUUCAAUACUUUUGGUUCUGGGAAGAUCUCAGGAACAGCCUGCCUCACCCUCUCUGUACAGCCCACAGUGUUCCUUCACUAUAAAUUCUUCGAAGACCACCUAAAUAUCACUUGCUCUGCCAAUGCCCGCCCAGCCCCUGUGAUCUCCUGGAAGGUGUCUGGGUCAGGGAUUGAAAACAGUACUGAGGUUCUCUCGCACCCCAAUGGGACCACGUCUGUCACGAGCAUCCUCCAGGUCAAAGACCCCAAGAGUCAGGUGGGGAAGGAGGUGGUCUGCCAGGUGCUGCACCUGGGGAAGGUGACCAGCGUCGCACAGACUGUGGAUAAAGGCUUUUGGUUUUCAGUUCCGCUCUUGUUAAGCAUUGUUUCCUUGGUCAUUCUUCUGGUCUUAAUCUCAAUCUUACUGUACUGGAAACGUCAUCGGAACCAAGACCGAGAGCCCUAGAGGAAUCACACAGAACGCUGAAAGUUACGCCCUGGUCUACUUGAAUCUGACUCUGGAGGAAGGUGGGAGGAAAAGGAUCAUUCUCUGAGGGACCUAAAGAGCAGAAGAGGUAGGGAUAAAAGACCUAAGAAUUUCAAGAUUUCCUACUGCCAUCUAAGCUACCCCGUGCUUGUGGGGGUUCCAAAAGGAAGUCGUUUUACCUCUCAAGUCUGUUGUAGGACUUGAUUUUAUGAAGCAAUGCAGUGCUGCGCUGUUGAAAGGAGGAUGGACUUUGAAUCAGUAGCCACGACUCAGAGGCUGACUCUGGCUCCAACUGAGGGCAGCCCUCUGUUCAUCACUUGAUCUCAAUGAGCAUCCACACCUGCAUCCAGAAAAUUAGGAAGUUGGACCAGAUAGUUUGCCAUUCUGCUUUAAAAACUGAUGUAAUUCCGGGGAAAAAAGGAAUCAAGAAAUGAAAAAGAGAAAGGAGAACACGGGAAGGUGUUAAGGACCAAAGAACUUUUCUAAGACUACCGUUUACCUUUCUGUUGCUGUUCCAUCUCUUCUUCCAUAUUGUUCUUAGGUCCACGAGUCUGUUUCCUCUUCAUGUGGUGGUGGCAGUCCACUACCUGCUGACUGGUUUGUUAGUAACUGGUCUUUCUCGAACCCUUGGUUUCGCUGCUGUUCUUUAUGUCCUUCUGUGACUUACGUUUACCACAAUGAAUAUGGGACUGAAUUAAUUGCAAAAUAACACCGACAACCUUAACUUUACUUAUCUACUUGUGUAGAAGAAUAAAUAUUGUUAGCCCAGCAGCUCACAUUUUAAAAAAGCAUUUCCUGUCCCAUUUGACUUAUAAUAAGAUCCAGUCCUAUAUCAGUCAUUGUGAACUCAAAAGAAGUUAUAUAAUACAAUAAAAACAGGCAUUUAGGAAGUUUCCUAAAUAACAGUCAAUCAAUUCAAAUGUUUUUCCCUCCUGGCUUCUUUUCCCAUGAGUUAACUUCUCAUAAUAGCAGAGAAGGUAUGUAUGGGUUUACAAAUCCCUUUGUUCUAAAUAUACUGUUCUAACUAGUGGAACAAUUUUGAACUCUUAAUAAUCACAAGACCAAAUUAGUGACUUUUUCAGUGUCUUUUGCUUCCUUAUCUCUACUCAGUGAGCCAGGAACUAAAGCUUAAGUUGUUUUCACUGUUGAAAUGGAUAUUUGUAUAUUUAGUAAGCUUUUCAUGUUAUUUAAUUCUGUAUUAUUUCUUAUAUUUGUAUUAAGAUACUGAAUGAUUAAAAGUGUCAAAUCUAAA